GUUCUUUAUCACGUGGCAUUCUAUUUAGUACAAGAAGUAAGAAUUUCUAUUUUCGGUCUUAGACUGUAUAACAUAUGAACUUGUCGUGUGAAUCGCUCUAUCUCAAUUCCGAUUUUGUUAGUAACUGGGAGGAAAAAUGAUGGAAUUGAUGAUUUAUUGAUAUUUUCUACACCAAACCGUGCAGAAAAGUAAGCUCCCUCUGAGUGAUGCUUGGGAUUCAAGUGUGGAACUUAUGAAAGACUUCCGCAGUGUAAAAUGACCGUUUCUGUCUGAGUUUUUGCUAUUAGUUAGAACUCUGUAUUUUAAUUUGGAACUCACCUCUGUUAUCUUGUAUUUUGUUAUAGUUGUACAAACAUCAUUUAGCCGUUCAUUAGCGGUUAACAAAGGGCCGAUGGAUUAUGUUAAAACGGGUGUUGCAGCAGCUGGAGAUGCGCUAAACGCAGCUAAAGACGCUGUCAAAGAUGCAGCAUCUACGGUGGUUGACGCUGUCUCGGGCGACAACAAAACAGACCAGAAGACAAAUGAAGCAAAACAACAUGGUCAAAGAGCCGCUGAUAAUUUUGGCAAAGCAGCUCAGCAAGCCUCAGGUGAUGCGUAUCGUAAAACGAGUUCAGGUAUGAAUACUAGUUCAUCGAGCAGUCCUUAUGCUGCUUCAAC